CACUAGACACUUAUAAAAACCCUAACCACAUUCUUCACUCAGAUCCACUGAUCUUCAACCAAUCGCAUUGUUAGUUGCCUCCAAUGGCGACUGAGAUCUCAUUCCCCGGAAUUUUCUUUUGCAGUGCUUUGGCGGCUUGUUUUGCUGAGUUCUGUACUAUUCCUCUAGACACUGCUAAAGUUAGGCUUCAGCUACAAAAGAGAACAGCUUCAGGGGAAGAGGCAGGAGCAUCUAAGUACAAGGGUAUGUUGGGUACGAUUGCUACUAUUGCUAGGGAAGAAGGGUUAUUAGCACUUUGGAAAGGAGUAAUACCUGGAUUACAUCGCCAGUGUCUCUAUGGAGGUUUAAGGAUUGGGUUGUAUGAGCCAGUUAAAGCCUUUUUGGUUGGAAGCAGUCAUGUUGGAGAUGUUUCCUUAUUCAACAAAAUACUUGCUGCAAUGAUAACUGGUGCUCUAGCAAUUGCAGUGGCUAAUCCAACUGAUCUUGUGAAAGUUCGCCUUCAAGCAGAAGGUAAAUUGCCACCUGGAGUACCUAGGCUUUAUUCUGGGGCCUUGGAUGCUUAUCACACCAUAGUGAAACAGGAAGGAUUGGCAGCUUUGUGGACUGGGCUAGGGCCCAAUAUUGCACGAAAUGCUAUUAUAAAUGCUGCGGAACUGGCUACUUAUGAUCAAGUGAAACAGACAAUAUUGAAAAUUCCAGGGUUCACAGACAAUAUUUUGACCCAUUUAUUAGCUGGCAUGGGUGCUGGGUUCUUCGCAGUUUGUGUCGGUUCUCCUGUUGACGUGGUGAAAUCUAGAAUGAUGGGAGAUUCAAUAUACAAAAGCACCUUAGAUUGUUUCGUUAAAACUUUGCAGAUUGAGGGACCCUCUGCUUUCUAUAAGGGAUUUCUCCUCAAUUUUGGUCGGCUAGGGUCUUGGAAUGUCAUCUUGUUUCUGACUCUCGAGCAGGUCAAAAAACUCUUUACAUGGGAAGUUUAAACUAUAUUACCGAGUAUUUACGUCUGCAAGUAGGAAGAGUUUUAGCUUAUGCUUGGAAUAUGCCCCAGCGGUUGAAACCUUCGUGGCAGAACAUCUUGAAAACACCCUUCUCUGGUAAAAUGAGCUGCUCUGCUCCUAUUUAUCUUACCUCCAAGAGCUUACUAUAAAGCAAAACCGGUGGCAAUAUUUUGUGCAUUACAAUGGAUCUUGUCAUAUUGACAGCAUUGUAGGGAAAGACCAAUACGUCAAGUAUCUACGAAAGACCAAUACGUCAAGUAUAUACCAAAGAGCUGGGAAAUAACAUACAACUUCAUAAUCUUAUAAAAUGCAUAAGUGGCCAAAAAAAAAAAAAAAAAAAAACCUUGACAAGAUAGGUUCAGUGUUCAAGGUUUCAAGCUACGGUGCUAGAUAAGUUAAUGGUCGUUGCUUAUUAGCGUAAUAUUUUGUGAAUCUUGUUAUGGUUUGAGAAUGUUUGUGAGAUUUGAGAUUCAUUUAUGAACCCUGUCGAUGAGAUUGAAAAUCAGAGGGAAUUUGUAUUCAGCUUGUUCUUUUCUUCUUAAUUUUUUCGUGCUUUUCAGACCAAUUCGGUCUUCAUCAUCG